UGGUAGUCUGUCCUCAGUCCCUCCCGGUCGCUCAGCUGUGCGUCACAUGUCGGGUACCGCGAGUCCUACUCCUGCCCGUAUAUCAUCGAAUCGUGUACCGCUCGUUCGUUCAGGUUACCGUAUAACGCCGGAUUUCUACUCACCGGCAAGCGUUAGUCAUAUAUUAUGCUAUCUACCGCGUGCAUACCAACGUAUUAUCACAAAUCAAUCACGAAGUGCCUCGAACAUGCGGACGGCGUGACAAACACAGGCAACGGUGCACGCCGUUUUGUUGAUACAUUGAGUUCUGUGUUCAGGCCGCGAAGGCCACCGCGUCCUUCCUCGGUCUAGGAUCGCAUUUGCUACCGUGAUUGCAAUUUCAUGCAGAACUGCCCGAUCUGUCCGCAGUGUACGAGUUAUCGCGGAACGAUGACCUAAAGCGACGUGUCGCAGCACGGAGUUCGGUGAAGUAGGAAGAAAACAAGUUCAAGUCGCACGCGUCGUAUACGAGUGUUCUCCUUACCGGAAGUGUUUCUCCAAAUAUCCGACAGAUUCUCAAGUACAAUAUCGACCGUACCGUUUCAAUCGUCUCAUACAAGUGUCGAACUGCAUCGCGCGUGACAUUGUUAUUUUUCCUCGGUGUGUUAUCAAUUCGCUUCCGGCUUGUACGUUCGCGGUGUACGCGUAUGUUUUUCAACGCGAGUUUCGCACACGUAACGGAAGGGUGCGCUAGACCGCGGUGCAAAUGAUUUUUACCAGAGACCAUUUUGCGCGAGAUACUUUCGAGAACGAUUUGAUACACAGUGUUUGGUAAGAUACCGGUGUGCAUCCUCGUCGAACGUUCAGUCGAUUUAACGAGGUGUUCGAAACGAGCAGAGAUCGUUUAACCAUAGACAACCACAAAUAAUGUCGACGGGCAAGAGGCUGGCGAAACGCAGCAUAAUCGGCACCAGAGUGUGUGCUCCCGGCGAGGACGGGAAGUACUACAGUGGCGUCAUUCACGCCGUAAAAACGCCGGCGUCAGCCGCGUCCGAGUCAGGCCUCAGCAUUACACCCAAGACUCGCUACUCCGUGCGAUUCGACUCUGUACCCGGCGGUCGCCCGCCGAGUCCCAGCACCGAAUACUCUGACCGCGACCUGAUCGGGCCUGGCUUCGGCUCCGUUACCAGCGCGCGUCUCGUGCCCGGUCAGAAGGUCUAUCUGACGUACAACGGACGGGAAAUUCACGCGGAGGUCACGCAACAUCGCGAGCAUCUCGACGAGGUGGACGUGAUAAUUGUACCGACCGGCCAAGAGACUAUGAGGCUCACUAAACGUAUAGACGAGGUCAGGUUGCUCGAGUCACGUAAGAGUGCCCGGCUGGCCGAUCAGGAUACAGAUUUCGCUAGGCUCGCCGAUAUGGCUGGUGAUCGCAAACGGGCCUCAUCUCACUCCAUCGAUGUGCCACACGUGAUUGGAUCCAGAAAACGUCGACCCAGCUCGAGUAACGACUCCGAGCGGUCGUACAGUGGUUGGAGCGACAGGAUACCCCACGGAUGUGGCCGUGAGGGGUGCCGUACCAACGAACGCGGCGACUGCAUGGACGAGUGCACCGCGGCGCUGGUCCUCAUGUCGCUCUCGUGCUCGCCACACAGCCCUCACAAUCCCCUGCCACUGCACUGCCAACACAAUUACGGUUCCUGGGGAGGUCGAGGAGGGGGCGGUGGUGGCAUGGUAGUCGGCUCGCCAGGGGUCGGUGGCACGUCGAACAGCAGCAGCAGCAGCAGCGGGGCUUCAUGGCGGAGUGGCACCCCUAGUCCGCCUCUCAGCGACGAGGGGGCGCCCACCACCGGCUCUCUAUGGCCGACAUCCGCUCAUCCUUCGCACAAUCAGCAGCACUACCCUUAUAACGUCUCUGGCUCGUCGUCCAGUAGCACCCCAGGCUCGAUCACCACCCUGGACGAGGGUAUAGUGCCCGAUUACCUCGAGGAGCAGCACCCGCGCAAGAAGAAGAUCCGGGCGAAAGUGAACCGUGACCCAGUGGAAAAUGGACCUGGGAACAGCGCCAUCUACGAGAGCGAGCAGGCAAAUGCAGCGGUGGUGUUCAAAUGCACUUGGCCAGGUUGCCUAGAAAUCAAAGCGACCGUGGCGCUUAUCGAGGAGCACGUGCGUCAAUCACACUUGGGGCCGAAAAAAUCGAACGGCUAUGAUAACGAGGAGGACGACGACAUCUCCGACCACGAGGAGGAGUUCUACUAUCAGGAGGUGGCGGUGGAUCACAUGAGCUCGCCGCCGACGAUGUCGCACCGUGACAUGGCCAGGCCUCCGCACGAGGACCCAGAGUACCAGAAACAGCUCCGCCUGGAGGCCACUCCCGUCAUUAAUAACACGGAAAACAUGAUGGUGGGCAUCAGAGAGCGGAACACGGCGUUCAUUUCCCAAUCACCGGGCACACCGAUCAAACACAUAAAGCUGUCACCGCGGCCGUUCCAGGCGUACCAACAGAACAUGGGCCUGCUGACAGUGUCGACGGGGAAGAUGCCGUCGUCGCCGCGACGGAUCCGCGGCGAGACGAAGAAGUGCCGCAAGGUCUACGGUAUGGAGCAUCGCGACCUAUGGUGCACACAGUGCAAAUGGAAGAAGGCCUGCAGUCGUUUCGGCGACUAGGCCAAGCGGCCGCCCCGUUCGUAUGUCCGCGGGCGGAGACCGUCGCCGAGUCGACCCCAGAGUUUGCCAAUGCUACGUUAAACUUCUCGCCAACUGCCAGCAAACAAUUGCCAAUUUCCACACAUAGUCAGUCAGUCGUAACAGUCAAGUUACAGUCGUCGUCGUCGUCGUCGUCGCCGUCAUCGUCAUCAAUCACUGUGACGUUGUUGUCGCCGCGGCGAUGGCGACCACUCGCUCGAUACUCGCGCGAACGGAGCGUGUUUCUCUUGUGGGGUUCGUGUUGCAUCAUGGUCACGGGACAGCGAAGAGUACGCCUGUAAUAUCGUCCACCAUCUUCCAGACCCGUUCGACCUGAUCCAUAAACAGAUUUCGAUUAAGAGACACCUUGGACGCUGAGGAUCCAGGACAUGUCCUUUAGCUCCACGGUGUUCAGCGCGGCCGGUGUCGAGCAGCGAAACAGCUCUUCUUCCUGUUUCAUCUUCUCGUUCUUCUUGUGCAACCCGUCGUGCAAUCCUCGUUCUUCGCCUAGCAUUUGCCAUUCGUUGGAAACGGGGCGACGAGGAGCACGGGUCUAAGAGAAACGUCAAUCCCAUGACGGAUGGCGGACGCGGUUAGAAGGGCCGAUCACGUGUUUCGCACGAGGCAGGAAAAGAAUACGAGAAUGUCGAGGAAUAUCGUCCAACGACUUUGUCUAGACACACGGAGUCUCGUUGUCGAGCAAUGGUAGAGCGGAGAAGAAGAGAACCGAGUACGUACAUAACGAAAGGGGAAGAAAAAGGGAAAAAAUAAUAGAAGAUCGUUGACCGAUCGUCGAACGAUUUCUUAUCGCUCUCGUCUGGCACUUGGCAAACUCCGUCAGGGUCUUUUUAGCCGUAAUAAAGGGUUUUGAUUAGUAGAUAGCGAAUAAUUGGCGUACGGGACGAGGUGUCCUUAGACUGUCGCGCCCUCUUUGUCUCUCUCUCCAUUCUUUCUCUUCGUUAUCUCUCACUCUUCGUCUAUCUGUCCUUCUUCCUUCCUGUCUCUCAUCGAACAAGAGGGCGCGGAACACGGCCUCGCUUCCGGCUCGCCAGCAACAAGAAGAAUUUUAAAAGAAUAAAAAGAAAAAAAAAAGAAUCUUUCUCUUGGUUCGGUAGGUAAAGAAGAGAGAGGCACGCGACUCGAAAAAUCGUAUCGACAUGUGCUGGUUCCCGAACCGACUCUUAGGUCAUUGCAAUAGGUCUUCCUUCAUCCGACGAGGGCGCCCCGGCCCCGUUUCGUCGCCGGGCCCCCUCCACUUGCCUUCUCACGGGAUGUCGAUCCUCGUCACGCGAUCCUCGCAGAGAAAGAGAGACCCACUGGGUCCGCGUGUCGCCUGUGCGUGUCCCACAGCCUGGCCCCUCCAUUCCUUCGCCGAUUACUCGCCUGCUUCGCACUGGCCCCGCGCAUGCGUUCGUAAACCAGUGUUCCACGGUUUCCAAAAAUAUCAAACGAUACUUUCAACCUUGCGAACCUUACUUUACGAUACCUGUAGCGAAUUAUAUUUGUAACUCGAUAUUUAUAAGGAUCAACGCGAUCCCUUGUACUUUACCUGCUUCCAGAAAUUGGCUAACAAACGAACGAAUAUUCACCUGUACCCUGAAAAAGAAAUUUCUUGUCAGAAUUUUAAUAUGUAAUUGCCACUGAAAAUUCUUCACAUUUAUGUAAAACAGUAUGUUUACCGAUUAAUGAGAAUUCUGCUUCGCAUGAUUAAAUUGUCGUCAAACUUUUGUUAAUUUUUGAAGAAAUUCGUAAAUCACGAGACCACGAAUUUUUAUAUAUUCGGCAUAGGCAUCGUGAUUAUUGGUACAGAAAUAUUCCUGCGUUUCGUUAUAAAUUUACCAAUUUCUGUCUCGCGUUUCAACUGGAAGAUGAAAUAUUCGUUUACGAAUACACCGCAUCCGCGGGGUCAAUGUAGCAUAAUUUCUCCGUGAUGUGUAUGAUAGCGUGUGGGAGACGCACGCGACGCGCGUCCCGGACGAAGGGAAGACCAAGAAAAGGUAUCGAAUAUUCGGGUUUGACCGAUUGUUCUUCCUGGAAGGACGCAGGCGGGCAGGUCUAGAAUGAAAAUUCGCCGCGAUGAUAAUUGUGAUAUUUUUCCUGGAAAUUUUAUCGAAUUAAUUAGACGAAUUGGCCGCGGGCCGACAUUGCAGUUGGGCAGGAAUUUCACUGGGGAUGACGAUGGGCCGAUGAACAGCGACGAAGCGUGACGCGUGGAUAAAGGGUUGGAGAAAGGAACGCGACGAAAGGAAAGCCGGAAAGAAAGGGGAACGCGUGGAAGCAAAAUUUUAUACACCAAUUAUUAUACUGCCAGAUUAAAAAGUAAAUCGAUGAAACGAAUAAAAAAUUAUACGAAAAGAAAAAGCACAAAAAAAAGAAAAACCGAAGGUGCAAAGCGAAGAAGAAAACGAUCGCAAGCGUCGUUUCGUGCUUCUUGUACGAGAAAAUACAACACACACACACACCACAGAGCCAACCUUCGUGUGUGUCGGGCUCAGGCUGCUUGCCGGCCUCCUCUCGACGACCUAAGACCGUGUUCGCCGACGAACGGAAAAGAAAAUGCAAAAAGAAAACGAAAAAAAAAA